UAUCUCAACGGCCAUCUUUAUCAAGCUUAGAAACUUUAAUGGUCUCACAGAAGUCUGAAAUUGAGUAUUUACAGGGGAAACUAAAUAUAGCAAAUGAAAAACUGUCAGAGAGCAAAUCUACCAACAAGGGUUCCUCAGAGAAGAGCUUCUGGACAAGUACUGAAAGAAAACAUAAGGAACCACCUGUGAAACGUUCAAGGUCUUUGUCCCCAAAGAGCUCUUUCAGAGACUCAGAAGAGCUGAGGAAUCUGAGGAAAGCUGAAAGAAAGAUUGAAAACUUAGAGAAGGCACUACAGCUAAAGAGCCAAGAAAAUGAUGAGCUAAGAGAUGCCCAUGAAAAACGCAAGGAAAGGCUACAGAUGUUACAGACCAACUACAGAGCAGUAAAAGAGCAAUUAAAACAGUGGGAAGAAGGCAGUGGCAUGACUUAUAUCAGAAAAAUAAAGAGAGUGGAUCCCCAACAACUUCGACAAGAAGAUUCUGAUGCUGUAUGGAACGAACUGGCCUAUUUCAAAAGGGAGAACCAGGAGCUAAUGAUUCAAAAGAUGACUCUUCAAGAAGAAUUGGAUAAACUUAAAGUACAUAUAUCUGUUGAUAAGAGAACAAUACAAGAAUUGAAUACAUGUUUGGCUGAGAAGAGAGAAGAACAACUGUGUAGAUGCGGUGAAGAUGAUGGGGUCAAGAGUACUCCAGAGAAGAAUGGGAAAGAAAUGUCGGAGCAGACAUUGCAGAAGGUCAUUGAAUUGGAAGAUCGGCUAAAAUCUUUUGAGAAAGGGUCAAGAAAAAUAAAAGAAGGGAAUAAAAAAUUAAUGAAAGAAAAUGACUUCCUGAAAUCCCUCUUAAAACAGCAACAAGAAGAUUCAGAGGGCAGAGAAAAAGAGCUAGAACAGCUACAAAGGGGGAGUAAAGAAGUAGAAAGAGAUAAAGCUGAACUUCAGGUAAAAAUCAGUGAGCUGGAGAGAGAAGUCACUUCCCUAAGGAGACAAGUGGCAGAAGCUAAUGGGUUGAGAAAUGAAAAUGAAGAACAGAUGAAUUCAGUGGAGAAAUCGCAGCAUUCUGCAGACAAAGCUAAACCUGAGAUGGCCAUUACGGAAGUAAGAUCUGGACAAUACGAUUGUAAGACAACCACGACCAAGGUUAAAUUUAAAGCUGCAAAGAAAAAGUGCUCUGUGGGUCGUUACCACACUGUUCUCAAUCAUUCCAUCAAGGUUAUGAGCAAUGUGUUUGAGAACCUCAGCAAGGACGGCUGGGAGGAUGUGAGUGAAAGCAGCAGUGAUUCUGAAGCACAGACCUCUCAAGAUUUAGGAACAAUUAUUGUAGAAACAUCCCAGAAAAUAAGUCCUAUAGAAGAUGGAAGAGACCAGAAAGAAAGUGACCAAACAGAAGACAGCCAAAUGCAAGGAAAAGAAAUGGUACGAAUACAUUCAAAUACAGAUGGCAAGACCCCAAAGAACUAUUUUCAUUACAAGAAUGCCAAAAAACCAACUUUUCAAAAGAAGAAUGGUAAUAUACAAAAGAGUUCACAUACAACAGUUCCUACCAGAGUUAACAGAGAAAAGUGGAAAAAUAUAACUGCCCAGAAAUCAAGUAGCAAUAUUAUUUUAUUACGAGAACGUAUUGUAUCCUUACAACAACAAAACAGUGUACUUCAGAAUGCCAAAAAAACAGCAGAAUUGUCUGUCAAAGAAUAUAAAGAAAUCAAUGAAAAACUCCUUCAGCAACAGCAAAUAUCUAAUCAACGAUAUCAGACAAGCAGACAGACAAUAAAGAAGCUAAAUUUUGAUUUGGCUGGCCUUCGGAGGGAAAAAGAAGACUUGCUGAGGAAAUUGGAGUCCUCAUCUGAAAUCACAAGUUUGGCAGAAGAAGUUUCCCGGGUGAUAGUUCCACGGAUACAGGUCACAUCACUUGGUCCUUCAAGGAGCAUGGAUUUGGAGAUGAAGCAAUUGCAGUGUAAAUUAAAGAAUGCAACUAAUGAACUCACUAAACAGUCAUCAAAUGUCAAGUCUCUGAAAUUUGAACUCCUAGCAAAAGAAGAACACAUAAAGGAGAUGCAUGAAAAGAUGUCUCGAAUGGAGAGGGAUAUAACCAUGAAAAGACAUUUGAUAGAGGACUUGAAAUUUCGACAGAAAGUAAAUCUGGAAAGUAAUGAGAGUAUUAAUGAAAUGUUAGAAAAUCUUGAAAAAAAGGUGAAGACACUAACUGAAGAAUGUUCCAACAAGAGGGUAUCAAUUGAUUCACUAAAGCAGAGACUCAGUGUUGCUGUGAAAGAGAAGUCUCGGUAUGAACAGAUGUAUCAAAAAACUAAAGAGGAAUUAGAAAAAAAGGAUGUCAAGCUUAGUCUCCUAGUAUCAAAAGUAAGCGAGACCGAAUCUGCAAUGGCAGAGAUUGAAAUGGCAGCGUCUAAGCAUCUUCAGGGAUUAGCACUGCAAAGUGAGCAGGCCCUAGAAGGUGCACAGAAGAAGUUGGUGUUAGCCAGUGAGAAAGUGGAAGAGUUCACCAUCUUUGUGAAGGCUUUGGUCAAAGAGUUACAAAGUGAUGUCCAUGAGGUAAGGCAACAAAUUAGAGAGUUUCGAAAAAUGCGAAAAAACAGGGAUGCUCGCAAAACCUCAACCCACAAAGCCCAGACCUUGGCAGCUUCGAUCCUGAACAUUUCACGGUCAGAUCUAGAGGAAAUAAUGGAUACAGAAGAUGAAGUGGACCUAGAAAGGACAAGGAUAGAUGCUGAGAAUGACCGAGAAUGGCUGUUGUACAUUCAGAAACUUCUUGAAGGACAGCUUCCUUUUGCCUCCUAUUUACUAGAAGCAGUACUGGAGAAAAUAAAUGAAAGAAAGAAACUAGUUGAAGGAUAUUUCACAAUUAUGAAAGAUACUAGAUGAUAUUAUGAUGAAGAACUUCUUUUCCAAAAGUGAAAACUUUUUGUGCGAUGUGACUGGAAAACAUGCAUUACCAUCCUGAUACAGUAUCUGCUCCAACUAUCAAUAGUCAGGUUCGAUACCAAAAUAAGAAGUCUCUGAAACUAAUUAAUUGCUGAACAAGUGAAACUAAUUAAGUACAUAGCCAUUUAAAAGGAAAUAGUGUAGCAUUUGAUUGUUGAAUACAAAUAUUGCCACAAAUCAAUGCAAACUUAAAAAUGAUUUUCCUUCCAGUGCAUUCGAAGAAAUUAGAACAAGCUUGGACACACAAAUUGGUCUGAAUAUAAGAAGAAAAAGGGGUAAACUAAGGGUUUAACGUUUUAAGUUUUAUAAAGAAACUAGACUGUUGACGUAAAACCACUAUAAAAGGCCUUAAAUCAUCUAAUGAUGAGCACAUUUGUAUUGUAAGCAAAUAUAAAAUGUGAAGCAUCAUUAUCUUAAGGAUGAGCAUUUAAUGAAAUAAAUUGUGUGGUCCAAUUAUAUCUGUUCUCAAUAUACUGGAUGAUAUAGGAGAUACUGUAUUUUCCCAGAACUAUGUGGCAAAAAUAAAAACAUUUUCUCCUUUUCUCCCUUUCUUUUUUUAAAUUCACAAGACUUGGUGUGCUCCUCUAAAUUAGCAAGGGACCACAAGCCCAGUGUGUAAAAUUGGAUCUAGCAUAACUUCUACUGUGGUCAACUAAUUCAUUUCUUAACUUUAAAUUCUUAACAAUGAUGUCAUCUUUUUUAGAUUUCCACAUAUUCUCACCCCCAUUUCACCUUUUACCGUGUUCCUGCCACAUGUGACCUUUUUGGAAAAGGUUCCUCUAAUUCACCAAACUUCUGCCUGCCUCCAGCUUUACUCUUGCUAUUAUUUUUUCUAGAAUAUUCUGUAUUCAGCUUAUCUCAUGACUGGCUCAUCAUGACUUUUCUCAUCAUUCAGGAUCACCUUACCUGUUCCCUCAGAGACACAUUCCCUGGCCAUCUUACUAUUUAAUUUCCUUUAUUUCCUUUAUCACAGAAAAUUAUCUAUUUUACCUGUCCACUUAUUUAUCUUCUUGUUAAUUUCUCCCCACCGACCCCCUUUAGGAUAUAGGUCCCCUGAGGCUAAGGCAGUGGUUGGCAAAUUAUGGCCCACAAGCCAAAUCUGGACUGCUGCCUGUUUUUGUGUGGCCCACAAGCUAGCAAUAAUUUUUACAUUAUCAAAUUGUUUAAAACAAAAAGAGAAUAUAUUUUGUAGUGUGUGAAAAUUAUAUGAAAUUCAAAUUUUAGUGUCCAUCAAUAAAGUUUUAUUGGAA